AUGGCGGCAGCAGGCGUGCCGAUCCCCGCGCGUCCCGACUCAGCUGCCACCGCCGUGCCGCAGUCUCCCGGCGCCGUCUUCUGGUCCGACGAUCCCGAAGCGGCCGGGCUCAACGCCUCCGCAACUAUUAGCGCAGGCGUGAGCGGCAUCGGCGGCAACGGCGGCGCGGCGGUAGCAUACCCCGCGACGGACGGGGGAGGCAUGGCGCAGGUCUUCUCGUCCCCCGCUGACGCCAGACCCGGGGGACCCCCGCCAGAACCCGUUCAUGCGCCGUCAUCGUCGCUCCACGUCAUUCCCGAGGUGUCUCUAGCCGUGGUGGUGCUGGUGCUCGUUCUGCUCGUGUGCCUGCUGCUGCUGCACCGCUACCGCUACCGGCUGCGCAUCUCCUGCUUGACGGCUUGGGAGGCGCAACUCGACGGCGAAGGGCGGAGUGCAGGCAACCAAGGAAGUGGCGGUGGAGCGUUCCUUGCUGGCAGUGCUCGCAGCGGCAGCAGCGCGACGGGCGGAGGCGGAGCAGGACGAGGCACGAGCGCGGGUCGCGGGGCGAACUCGCGGCUCCGCGUGGGGGGCGGUGGCGGUGGUAGUGGAGGCAGGGCAGGGCGGAGGGACGAGAGCAGCGAGUGGGUGCACGUGCUGCUGGACAUACACGGAUUCAGGGACGCCCUGGGGGACGACCACUUGCACCGCGUGGGGGGCGCUGGGCUGGCCCGAGGGUAUAGCCGCGGUGGCCGCGGGCAUGGCGGCCGGCGGGUGCCGUCUGGGCUGGAUGUCGCGACAAUCAACUCGUUAGGGGCACUCACGGUGUUCGAGCGCAGUAAGGGCCGCGUGAAGGGCAGCUUGCAGCAUGCGGAGAGUGGGGCGGGGGAACCGGCGGAGGCGCAGGCGGAGAAAGGGGGCGCAAGGGAAGGGCGAGAGCGGACGAGGGAGAUGGGAGAGCAGGGAGAGGAGCACGAGGUGGUUGGUACUCCGGAUUUGAACCCAUCCGGGAGAAAAAUUGUCGCGUUCGAGCCAGCAAUUGGCAUGCAGGCUUCGCGAGGAAUGAGAGUUGAGGAGAUGGGAGGACGAGCGAUAGAGAGAGAGGCAGCAGGCUUGCAUUCAGGGGCGGCAGAUGGGCCGACAGGCGUGAAGGACGGCGUGCUGGGGAGUGGGUGGUCGUGUGUGGGCAUUGAUGUUCGGGUGCGGGAGGCAAGAUGCAAGAGAGGCCGAGGCAGACACAGAGGGGAGCACGGCAGGUGUGGGUGCGACGGCACAUGCAAUGAGGGGCAAGGCCGGGCAGCAGAACUAGGCCCAGCCGAGGGCAUGGGGCAUGGAGGCGCAGGGGAAGACGGGUCGGGGCGUGAGCAUGAGGUGAUAGUGAGCUGCGAGGAGGGGGAGUGCGCUGUGUGCCUGAGUGAGUACGUGGAGGGGGACGUGCUGCGCACCCUCAACAAAUGCCACCACCGCUUCCACCAGAUUUGCAUUGACGAGUGGCUUUCCGGCAGCACAUCCUGUCCUCUGUGCCGCACGACCAUGGUGCCUGACAGAUCCCCGCACGCCCAGCAACAAGAGCAAACAGCGACAUAUGCAGCACUAAUGCCGUCACGACCACUAGUGGUAGCAGGUACAGCUGCAGUGCAAGCAGCGGCAGCAGCAGCGGCAGGAGGAGGAGGAGGAGGAGGAGGAGGAGGAGGAGGAGGAGGAGGAGGAGGAGGAGGAGGAGGAGGGGGAGGAGGAGGAGAAAAUACCGAGGUAUCGGGCGCAUCAGCAUCAUCUGCCCAUGUGCAUGACCCACAACACACGCUCCAUUCUCUGCACCCUGCGUCGUCUGACCCCUUGAUGCCUCUAGCAGGCACUGAGGCAACCGCUCUCCCUCGCACCCUACAGCACGGGCAGCAGAAUGAACAGCGGGACGAGGUGGCAGAGAGGGGAAGGGUGGCAGAGCAGGUGCAGCUAGUGGAAAGCUUGAGAGGGCAAGGUGGUGAGGAGGGGAGAAGGCAGGUCCGCAGAUUCGAGCAUGGUGGCGCAGCAGCAAGAGAGCCGAGUGGACAGCAGCAACAAGCAGCGUCGUCAGUGGCCGAGGCCAGGUUACAGCAGGCAAGUGAGGAGGAGUUUUCAUGCUCUCAGCCUUCCUGCUGCUAG